AGGCUUUUGCGUAACUUUUAGUUUUGUUUUUGUUUGUUUCUUUUGUUUGGCGCCGUAAGCACAAGCGAAGGACCGGCGUGAACCAGCUUAACCAGCGGCCCGUCUUCAAGAGGGCGACACCUCGGUGGCAGCACUCAAACACUAUGGACAACACCGUUCAGUAUGUCUCCUGCUGCCCUGUCAUGAAGCCGGCGCUGUCCUGUGUUGUUUACACCACUCAAACACUCUCCUUCAACUAACCAAGAGCUUGUGCUGUGGUUUCGGAGCGAGAGCUGCUCUCUGUGUCGUGCGUAAUGAGUGUGGAUGUGAAGAAACUGAAAGUGAACGAGCUGAGAGAAGAGUUACAGAAGCGUGGGCUGGACACCCGAGGCCUCAAAGUGGAUCUGGCGGAGCGGCUGCAGGAGGCUCUGGAGGCCGAAAAGGAACUCGCCUGCAACGAUGAGACCGGAGCAGGUGUCGCAGAGGCUGGAGAUGAUGAGCGUUCUGACCGAGGGCAGAUGGCCGCUGAGAAAGAGGGCCCUUAUAUAGACCCCAGUGUUCCUGAAGUCUCUAAAGAUGAAAAUAAACCCGAGACUGUGGAUGUCCAACCGGAAACCGUUGAGACAAUCCGCAAAGAGGCGGCACCAGUAAAGGAGAAAAAUGAGGAGGAGAUAAAGACGGAGCAACGGGAACAGCAGCCAUCUGGAGACCUGGAGAGCCAGCAGAGCGCAGAGAUCAAGGCCGAACAGGACAGACGUGCGCAUUGUGGCCACAAGAGGCGCUAUGAUGAAGGCCACGGUUACAGCUAUCACGAAAACCGCGAAGACAGGAGGUCCCAUUCACCUUUGCCACCCGAAGAGGACGAGGAAGAGUUUGACGGCACGCUAGUGGUCCUUGACUCUUAUAACUGUGACUUGCACUUCAAAGUCUCUCGGGACCGUUGCAGCGGCUGUCCUUUGACCAUCGAGGGGUUUGCUUACUUGUGGUCCGGAGCGCGAGCAACGUACGGCGUAAACAAGGGACGCGUGUGCUAUGAGCUAAAGGUUAUGGAGUAUAUGCCGGUCAAGCAUCUUCCCGGCAGUGAGCCUGACCCCCAUGUCGUGAGAGUCGGGUGGUCUCUGGAUUCCUGCAGCACGCAGCUCGGGAAUGGCUUUGUUUCAGGAGAGGAGGCGUUCUCUUAUGGGUACGGCGGAACGGGGAAAAAGUCUACCUGUUGCAAAUUUGAAGAUUACGGAGAGAAAUUUGGUGAAAGCGAUGUCAUUGGAUGUUAUAUUGACUUUAACAGUCAUGAGCAGGUGAAAAUGGCUUUCUCAAAGAACGGAAAGUGGCUUGAUGUGGCAUUUCACAUUUCUAAAGAAGAGCUGUGUGGUCGUGCACUGUACCCUCACGUCCUUGUGAAGAACUGCUCUGUUGACUUUAACUUCGGCCAGCGAGCAGAAUCUUUCUUUCCUUUGCAAGAUGGCUACGCUUUGAUUGGGGCUGUAAACAUAGAGGACAGGGUCAGAGGAACUGUUGGUCCCACCAGCAAAUCUGAUUGUGAGGUACUGAUGAUGGUUGGUCUUCCUGCUUGCGGUAAAACCACAUGGGCCACUAAGCAUGCAGAGAGGAACCCAGAGAAGAAAUAUAACAUCCUGGGCACGAACGCCAUCAUGGAGAAAAUGAAGGUGAUGGGAUUACGUCGCCAGCGAAACUAUGCUGGGCGCUGGGACACCUUGAUUCAGCAGGCCACUCAGUGCCUGAACCAAAUGAUCCAGAUCGCUGCGCACAAAAGACGGAACUACAUCUUAGAUCAGACAAAUGUAUAUGGAUCAGCCCAGAGACGAAAAAUGCGUCCUUUCAAAGGAUUUCAACGCAAGGCUAUUGUAAUCUGUCCCACGGACGAGGAUUUAAAAGAGCGAACGUUCAAGCAAACCUGUGAAGAAGGGAAGGAUGUGCCUGAUCAUGCCGUUUUCGAAAUGAAAGCCAACUUUGCGCUGCCAGAGGCUGGAGAGUUUCUGGAUGAAGUGACCUUCGUUGAGCUCCAAAGAGAAGAGGCUUGUGAGCUGGUCAAACGGUACAACGAGGAGGGCUGGAAGGCUGGGCCUCCUCCUGAGAAACGCUUCGAUAACUGGGAACGCCGGAGACGUGAAAGCAGCUUCCAGCGGUACGACGACCACAGAGGGUCGAGAGGAGGCCCUCAGAACAGAGGAGGAUCUGGAGGGAGCUACGGGGGAGGUUAUAACCAUGAUGGAUACAAUCAGAACCGCUGGGGUGGGAAUCACAGAGACGGGCGAGAUGGAUACGGCAUCGGCCAUCAGUCUGGGGGAAGCUACAACAGCAACCGCUUUAGCUCUUAUAACAAAGAGGGAUAUGACCGAAGCUAUAACCAGGGUUACAAUCAAGGCUAUAACCAGGGCAACUAUAGCCGAGGAAACUACAACCAAGGCUAUAAUUACAACCGAUACCCAGAUUAUGGGCAAUAUGACCAUGACAGUCGAGGAUCUGAACAAUCAUAUAACCAGCAGAACUACAAUCAGCAGUACCAACAGCAGUGGCAGCAGUAUUACCAGAAUCAGAACCUGUGGAACCAGUACUACGGUCAGUAUGGGAAUUACUCUGGACAGCAGGGCGGCCAGAGUUCACACGGCUCACAGUAAACAGGAAGUAUGCUCUGUUAUCGCAGACAGCCACGUUAAAGCUUCAGUACUGAAAAUACAUCCUUCCACUUUAACUACCUUUACCACACGUCUUGUUAAACCACUUGCACAUUUUUUUUCCAAGACAUAGUGAGUCGACUGUUAGGUCAAGGUUUGUCGAUUGAACUGAAUGGCUCAGUGUAAACUUCACUGGUGCAAUUAUACUAAUUAGUAUAACCAAACCAAAUGUUUGAAAUACGAGCAGCAAUAAGACGGAUUUCUGGUAUGUGUAAAGAUAUCGUUAUGUCGAGGUGCUUGUAGUUGUAGUACCACAAACAGCCUGCAGGUGUAGAAACUGUGAGACGCUCCCUCAGCACUGAUUGUUUUGCCAAAAACAAGUUUUUGUUGUGCAUAAAUUCCAUUUAAUUUGGAAUGUAGAUGCUUAUCAUAUCAACUAUUUUUAGUCUUAAUUUAACACGUUAAGACAUGUUAAGUAUGUUUUUUCUUUCAAUUGUAGAUACUUAGUGUUUAAUAUACUCGCUGCUGUCACAGCCACGCAGGAUGUUGUUGAAUGUUGAAAAAUGUUGCACUGAGAACUAAAACGUUUUAUUCGUCUUAAAGAGCGUCGAAAGGUCGAUCGUCCUGAUUAAAGUUUUUCGGAACCGUUAAGUUCAUAUCGAAUGUCAUUAUUUGUUCUGUUCUGUUCAAUCCAUUGUUGCUUUUGAGAAUUAAAUUAUUAAACACUA